CUAUAUAAGCAUGUAUUUUGGAUUUAUUAUCCAUUGUGAACUUGAACUUGAGACCAACUCAGUGUCCCUGUGUCCCCUGUGACCACCGAGAGCGCGCAUCGUCGGGAGCGCGCACGGUGUAGUGCAUCAUUGCGGAUCAGGGGGAAAGAUGGCGAUGCGCGCGACGCUCACGCGCUUUUCCUGCAACUUUUCAGUAGUUUUGCCUUCUCUGUCCAGAACUGUAGGGCACCAGAUCCUAAGAAGGACGAACAGAUCUAUUUCACGGACUUUCUGCACGACCUCCUGGCUUUCCCAAGCUCUCAAGUUUACAGACAAGCACGAGUGGGUACGAGCGGACGGAGACAUCGGUACAGUGGGCAUCAGCGCUUACGCUCAGGAAGCUUUAGGUGAUGUGGUAUAUUGUGGACUGCCGGAGGUUGGAACAAAACUUCAACCAAUGGAGGAAUUUGGUGUGUUAGAAAGCGUGAAGGCUGCUAGCGAGCUGUACUCGCCUCUGAGUGGAGAAGUCACUGAAAUCAACACAGAACUGACGGAGAACCCCGGACUUGUCAACUCGUCCUGCUACGAGCGUGGAUGGUUGAUUAAGAUGACGAUAGAAAACCCGGGAGAACUGGAAGCCCUUAUGGAUGAAGCUGCUUAUGAAAAAUACAUCAAGUCUCUGGAGUAGUUCAACUGAAUUCCAUGUUAAAUCUGAUUUAUCUUUAUGUAUCAAAAAUAAACAGAUUUUAGUGCUAAAAGCCCACUGCAAAUUCUUAUAAUUAGAGAGAUUGUGCUUAUAAAAUUCAUUAAUGUCAAGUUCUAGGUAUUUUCACCAGAUCAUUGCUUGUGUGAGUGUGUAAUGAGACUUUAAUACACAUUAAUAUGUUUGAAGGAGCUCUGGGUUGCAGGACCUGUAGUCCAGUUUUAGGUUCUUUGAAUAAAUUUGGACCAUUGGCGCUUUAGCAGAAAUAAAAUAAAGCUGAAAUUUAUUCUUGGUAACGGUAUAAAACGUGUCUCCAACUUCAUGUCCAGAAUAUUUUUUUUUAAUAAUUUGCUUUAAUGGAAGGACUCCAGUGAGGACACCUUAAAGCUUAAUGUCUAACUCGGUGCUUUAUAUUUAGAAAAGUGGGAUUAUUCUUUUGAUUAGUAGACAGCAGUUAUGAUCAGUAACAUUUGGGAGAAAUUUAGAGUUUCUAGACUGUUUUAACACAUUAAGCCGAGUUCAGGUGUUUCCUUGUAAUGGGUUUCUACAGAGCUGAAAACACAUUUCAAUAUUUCAGCGUUUAUGACAGACUAAGUCUGUGAGAGAUUUGAUUGUUGUUUUGGUACAUUAAUGCACGUUAAGAUUUAUUUUCACGUUACAGGAUGUCACCAAUACGCUGCCGUAUUAAUGAACGUGAACAAGCUUCGUAUGUGAAAGUAAAACCCACAUGAAAACUCGCGUGACAUUUUUGUUCCCGCAGGAUCCCAGGAUUACUCCUUAGUCACUAGGAAUUCAGAGAACUGAGGAUAAAGUGCACUAACAGGAAUCUUCUCUGAGUUCAUUACAACAGUCGGUUACAGGAGAGAUUAGAGCAGGUGUGAUUGUUGUUCAGUAAUUCAGAUAAUAAAUAUUACAUAUUAAAUUCAUCCUUCAAUUA